UAUUCUCUAUAACCAAUAUCGUAUUAGCGAAGUAAAGAAACAAUUGAACACUAAAUAAUUGAAUUAGCAUUAAUUACCAUUAAUCUUCAAACAUCGAUUACAAUUAAAUUGCAUAUACAACUAGCAUUACAUUCAAGGCAUUCGUCUUACGUUACAUAGAAACCGUCACAAUAUUAUUAACUUUUUUUAAUCUAACAUGUACAAAUAUGCUAUGUAUCUUUUAUGUCUGUAGAGUAUUCGUUUGAUUCAGUGCUAUUCAUAAAUAAGAGUGAUAAAAAAUAAAGAAGAAAGAAAGAAUUUCGGUUAAAUGAAAAACUAUGUCUCAUGUUUAUGCAAUUGAUACUUGCGGUUAUCAUACAGAUAUUGCUGUAACAGUUUAUAGUAAUCGCAUAUUUUUAAUCGUAUCGCAUUUUAAGAAACUUGGGUCAUUAAUAACGGUGAAUCGAGAAUCAGCUUUAAGUCAAUUUAGCAAUAAUAUAUUUUCUACGAAAAUUAUUUUUGGUAAAGAUGAAGUUGAUGUUCAUGCCGCCGCUAGAUAUAUGGCAGAACAAAUCAAUAUCGAUAGACCAAUGUUGUUAUCUAUAUGUUUAAAAGAUUACAAUACAGAAAUAUUAGAAACUGUAAUUAAUAGUAUAAAUAAAUUGAAACUGUGGUAAUAUUAAGAAAAAUACCCAAAAAAUGAGUGUAAUAUUUGGACAAUUUGUUAUUGGACCACCAGGUAGUGGAAAAACUACUUAUUGUAAUGCAAUGUGCAAAUUCUUGGAACAAAUGGGUAGAAAAGUAGCUGUUAUUAACAUUGAUCCUGCCAAUGAAAAUAUGGAAUAUGUUCCAUCAGUAGAUAUAUCAGAAUUAAUUAAACACGAAGAAGUUAUGUUAGAAUAUGAUCUUGGUCCAAAUGGGGCAUUAAUAUAUUGUAUGGAAUUUUUAGAAGCUAAUAUUAACUGGUUGAUUACUAAAGUUUUUAAUUUGAAAGAUUAUUAUCUUAUUUUUGAUUGUCCAGGACAGGUUGAACUUUAUACACACCAUAAAUCUGUUAGUUCAAUUGUCGAGAAAUUGACUCAGAAUUUAGUGAGAUUAUGUAGCGUACAUCUUAUAGAUUCACAUCAUUGUAGCGAUCCAGGAAAAUAUUUGUCAUCUUUAAUUUUGUGUACAACCACUAUGUUGCAAAUAGGUUUGCCUCACGUUAACAUUAUGACCAAAUUUGAUGAAAUGAAAAAAUUUAAGGAUCAGUUAGCAUUUAAUAUAGAUUUUUACACUGAAGUACUUGAUUUAAAUUAUCUUUUAGAGAAAUUGGACGAGGAUCCUUUUACUACAAAGUAUAAGAAACUAAACGCAGCUUUAAUUUCUUUAGUUGAAGAUUAUAGUCUUGUAAGUUUCAUACCAUUGGAUGUUACUAAUCAAGCACUUUUAUUAAAAGUGAAAAAUGCUAUUGAUAAAGCUAAUGGUUACAUUUAUGGUGGGAACGAACCUCAGGAUGUUCAAGCAUUAUUGGCAUGUGCUGUUGGUGCUGUCAGUGAAACUAAAAACAUGUCUACUAUAGAUUCAUAUUUCUGAAUAAACAUAAUUUUUUAAGGAAAUUAGAUGAUAUAUAUUAAUAUUUAUUACAUA